CAGCAUCGGGAGUGUAACAGCAGUGUAGCAGCAGUAGGAUUCAGUUAGAACCUCGCCUUCAUUUACUGCGGACGUUCAAGGCUCAGGAGCAAGGAAAGAAGCACUGGGUUUAAGCAGAAAACACAGCGAUCGUAUUCCAACAUGACCGAAACCAACAAAACGCAUGUUAUUUUGCUGUCGUGUGGCAGUUUUAACCCCAUCACCAAGGGACAUAUCCACAUGUUCGAAAAAGCCAGGGAGUACCUCCACAAGACAGGCAGGUUCAUAGUGAUUGGAGGAAUUAUCUCUCCAGUUCAUGAUUCAUAUGGAAAACAGGGGCUGGUUUCCAGUAGGCAUCGCUUAACCAUGUGUCAGUUGGCCGUCCAGUCAUCUGAUUGGAUUAGAGUGGACCCCUGGGAAUGUUACCAGGACACUUGGCAGACCACCUGCAGCGUUUUGGAGCAUCACCGAGACCUCAUGAAAAGGGUAACAGGAUGCAUCCUGUCAAACGUGAACACUCCUUCAACAACUCCUGUGAUUGGACAGCCACAGAAUGGGACACGCCCCAUCUACCAAAGCACCAACCUUUCAAACAAGCCAACUGCAGUUAAGCUACUGGGGAAAGUGGGUGAGAGUUUGGGAAAAAUUUGCUGCGUCCGUCCCCACAUCGAAAGAUUCACCUUUGUGGAUGAAAAUGCAAAUUUGGGCACAGCUAUGAGAUAUGAGGAGAUUGAGUUACGCAUCCUCCUACUGUGUGGAAGUGACCUUCUUGAGUCUUUCUGCAUUCCUGGGCUGUGGAAUGAAAGUGAUAUGGAAGUGAUUGUUGGAGAUUUUGGAAUAGUGGUGGUACCUCGUGACAACACUGACACUGACAGAAUCAUAAACCAUUCCUCUGUUCUUCGCAAAUAUAAGGAUAAUAUUAUUGUUGUGAAAGAUGAUAUGAAUCACCCCAUGUCUAUUGUCAGUUCUACCAAGAGUAGACUGGCCUUACAACAUGGAGAUGGACAUGUAGUGGACUACUUGAGCCAGCCAGUUAUUGACUACAUCUUGCAGAGUCAGCUGUACAUAAACACAUCUGGAUAAAGGCCCAACUUCUUCUCCAUCUCCGUGUCAUGAUCUCUCCGUCUCACUCUUUCUCUCUGAUACGGCCUUUAGUUUUUUCUUUCACUCUCUUCUUCUUCUUCCUCCUCUUUCUGUGUAAUUCCAACCCCCUGUCGCUCUAUUGCUUUCCAUGUUCUGCAGCCUUUUGGUGUCACUGUUUGUCCAAAGUAUAACAUAGCAACUUGGAACCGCCCCCCCCCCCAGGGGUACCACAUUGUAAAAUACAGCACAGAAUCCAGUUGUUCUUGAAUUGGCUUUCUUCUGUGCAUGCUAGGGGCUGCUUGGGGGGUAGGGGAUGGGGUGGGAUGCGUUUGUUGGGCUGGGGUGUAAGUACUGUUUUUCUUGUACAAUGCUCUUUUAGCUUUUGCUCUUUAUUUCAUGCUGCAUGUGCAUAUAGUUCUUUCUUAGCAUGAAACUUUUAAUUAAAAAAUAUUUAUAAUCCAUAGUGAAAAUAUUCAAUAAUUACUAAUGGGACCUUGAGUCAACAAGGUGACCUCACACUUGCUGAUGCAUUCUCUUGCUUUCUGGCCACUGUAACUGAGGUAUUGCUGUUCCUCCCUGACUACAGUGUCAGUGCUUACUGCCAAUCAAGAUGUUUUUAUGUUACUCUGUGUCACUUUGGAGGUUUGACAACAAGGUUCCAAGAUGGAGGUUAUUGUGGUAACGUUUGCUUGGGUUUUGCAUUCCAGCAUGUGUGCCACGGCCAAUCUUUUCCUGUCAGUCAGUUCUGCUUUUUCUCAUUUGGUUGAACUUUCUAGAUGUACAAAUAUGUGUCUGUUAUUUUCUGACAAUCUCUCCAUCCAUUGUUCUGAAUCCACUUUUUCCAGGCUAUGGAGAGAAGCAACUUAAAUUUAUCCAGUUAUCAUCAUGCUGCAUGUAUCUUUCAGUGUGGCUUGCAGAUGCAGUCAGAGGUUUUGGAAAGCCAAGCAGAUUCUUGAGUCAUUGAGACAGUACUGGAAAAUCUCAUUUGAUAUUUAGGCUGCAUUACUUAAUGAAGGAGUUAGAACUUUUUAAUUUAGUAUUGUUGGUAGCAGAGGGUCUUGGCUUUUACUUUGCAAUGAUUAAGUCUUACAUCACAAACUUAAACACAGAAAUCCAUAUGGCAAUGAAAGAGUCCUCAGAAAUGAGUGCCAUUUAAUAGGGAAUACUACUAAAUAGCGUAUGUUAAAAUGUUCUUGUUAUUUGGCCUGGUAUUAUCCUCGGCCUGUGUGAGCAUAAAGAAUCACUUGCUUACUAAGAUCUUUCUAGCCUGACGGCUGAUUACGAUGUGGCUGUAGAACUGAGAACUCUGACAUGACUGCCUCUGCAUUGACGACAUCUUUUAAAUAUGCAUUAACCUCACGCUUGCCAUCAUUAACAUCAUCCUCACUCAUAACCUGAACUGGUGAUGAUGAAUCCUGAGGAAUGUUUCAAAAAUGUAUCAUCUUUAAUUUUACUGACUUCGCUGAAACUUGUGAAUUAGUCCAUUGUAACAACUCUUUGUAUGAAACCCUAGCUUGUUAACAAACAUCUUUCCAUGACCCACAAACAAGAAGAUGCCAUUUUAGACUGAAGGCUUGCCUUAACUGGAAGAUCAUUAUGCAAUUAUUGGCUGUAACUGGUAAUAGGUUUACAAAUUAACUGUCAAGUUUUAUCAUUUUAUUUUAAAGCUUCACUUUAUUGUGAUCUUGGUUACUUUUGUUCCAAGGACACUUGCAUGUUGUGGUUAACAGCUUUAUAGGUAAGGCUUUAAACACACACUGCCAUACUGUAGUGCUGACUCUGUCCAUUUCUUCUUUUUUUUUGGAAAAACGUGGGUAUUUUGUUUCUAUAAAACUGGAAAUGUCAGCAAAAGGAACUCUUCUUGCAUCAAUAAGAGAGGCUUUUGAGCUAACUGGCUUUUCAAAUCAGGAUUAUGGCUCCUGUGACCAAUGCACGCUUUGAGGGUUAUCUUAAAAUGAAAUUGGUUCUGCUCUGGUACAGUAUUGUAAGAGAUUAUUUGUGUUCUGUUUUGUGCAUUGUAUUGAGUCCAUCUUAUGACAUCCAUUUCAUGAUCAACCUACUUGAGAUGUGGUCUCUCUCUCGCUCUCUGAAUUGCCAUUCCUAAGAUUUCUUCCAUUUUGUGUCCUAUGAGUUUUUUCUUGUCUACUUAGAGAGGCAAGGUCUUUUCAAAAAACAGGGCAUGUUAAAGCCCAUCGAGGCAUUUCUUUUGUGAUUUUGGGCUAUACAAGAAAAAAAUGUUGCUGUUGUUGUUGUUUCAAGGAACUACAUAGCUAUGAUGGACUGCCAUCCAAUCCAGGGUUGUUUGCUGACGCUGCAUGGGCAGACUCUUGCAUUUGCAACCCAUAACUGGACUAAGCAGGAUCAGAAAUGGAUGGAUGGAUUAAUCCUGGAACUUUAUUGCCAGACCAAUUGUCUUGAAAGAAUCCAACGUAACAUACAGAGAAAGAUCCAGGUGAAACCAAUAAGUUGCACUGAAUCAUAUACAGUAGCAGAAAGGUUUAUUUGUAUUUAAUAUUUUAACCUCAUUUAAACCUCAUGUUCACUGCUGCACAUGCUAUUAGCACUUAGAAAAAAUGUAUGUAAGUCAUCUUUUGGUGAUGAUCUGCAUAAUGACAGAAGAGGGAUAGGAAGCAGGAGCAUUCAGCCUAAUCAAUGGUUUCUUCUGCUUUAAGAUCUCCCAUUGGAAUUCAUGGUAGAGAAGCUGGGGGGCACUCUCUAGAAAGAGUGCCAUGUGUUAUGCAUCUAAAUGAAAACUGAACAAUCAGGUUAUCACUUACUCAGUAUAGUUAUUGUCUGAUUUUCUCACUGCUCUGUUUAGCCUAUGCUUUUGCCAUAGGUGACACUUUUGAAGACAUUACGUAUGUGAUAGAUGGUGGUGUUUAUCUAAACCUGAUCCAAAUCCAGAAGCCACUUGCUUGGCUUUGGGUCAUUAAUCUUUCCAUUUGUACAACUAUUGCAGUGAUAAAGCCAGAAGAGGCACUCAACUCCAAGGAAACAAUCGAAGAUGCUUUCUCUGUGGAGUUUGCAUGGUCUCCAUGUGCUGGCGUAAUGUACAUUUUGCCUUGCUAUUCCAACAACAUACAAUGCUAAUUGCUGAAUGACAAGGUUGUAUUGCCUGGAUGUCUCUGAAUGUGUUUUGUAAGAACAUUCCUGCCUGUGCUGUCACAGUAGAUUGAAGUUCUUGUAAAAUUCUAAAGGGAAAGAAAUGAAUGAAUGAAAUACUAAAAAAGUGCACUUUUGUCUUUUUUAGCUUCAUAAAAAUAAUAAUUUUGCCUCCAUUUUGCUGUGUCAGCCCAUGCGUUUCACACCCAUACAGUAAGUACUUGGGUGUUUUGACCUAAUCUGAAAUCAAGGGGUAAACCGCUGCAUCAUUUCUCCAUCCUCUUAAUGCCAAAGACUGCUGAUCUGCUUUUUUCAGCCUCAUCAGCGAGAUGCAGUUUAACACGAUAGUCUUUGAAUCUUUAGUUCAUCCUAAGUGAACUUACACAAAUUUAUCAUGUAGACGGAAUAUUAUAUUUAACAGUGUUUACCAGCAGAGCUUUCAAAUAAGGACAUCCAUGAGUAUCCUUCAACAAUUCAUCAUUGCCUGGUCAAAGACUCAAACUAAUCCAAUAAUCAUUUCUAAAGUACUGUAGCACCAGUUUGUUUGUUCUAGCUCUAAAUGUGCUGUAGUAUGUAGAGCACAAACCUAUGACUAGAGUUUAUAAAAAUAAUGUUAUCUUUAUCCAAAAAACAGACUUUUUAAUUUAACAGAAUAAAGCACCUAUUGUAUGCCCAGCUCGUCACCUGCAUGUUUUGAAUAUUAAUGUUAUUAUUGCAGGAUACUUGCACUUACAUUAUCUGUGUGAAGUUUAGUUGUAGUCAAAUGUUUCUUAAAAAUAAAAAAAAUGCCUUACAAAUAGAGCUUAGCUUAUACUGUUUAUCGGUUUAUUAAUAAAGCAUUAAAGAAGACACAGGAGUUCCUGCAUUCAUUACAGCCUCCAUAAAAGAACUGAACUUACCUGAGACAAAAGUGAACAAGAGGAUUCUACACUAACACUUUUUUCCAUUUAAGAGUGAACAACAAUACCCAGAGGUUACAAAUCUGCUUUAUUUUUAAAUCGCAUUGGUUAUUAUAACAAUCAUCACCAACAGCCAAUUCAGUUAUACGGUUACUAGAUGAUCCAUGCUAAUGGUGUGGUUCCUCGGCAAUCAAUCCUAAUGGUAUGAUUUUAAAAAGACAAUCCUCUUGGUAGGUCUUGAUGUGAUUAUCUUGAAAUGCAUCUUAACAUCAUGUUGACCUGCCAAUCUAUCUUAAUUUUAUUAUUUCUGGAAGAUCUAUCCUAAUAAUAAGGUAAUUAGUAGCUUAUGUAAAUAUUUUAGUCACCAUUCCAAUGGUGAGGUUGCUGGCUGAUCUGUCAUAAUAAAAUGGUUUCUGUCAGAUCGAUCCUAAAGGUAUGGUUACCAAUGGAUCCAUCUUAACUUUGAAUUAUGCAAGAUCCAUCCUAACUGUAUAGUUAACAGAAGCUCCAUUCUAAAGGCAUGGUUACCAGCAGAUCCUUCCUAAAAAUAUGGUUAGCAGUAGAUCCAUCUUAAUGGUGUGGUUACUAGCAGAACAAUCCUAAAAGAUCAGUUACUAAAGGUAUACUUACUUGUGGAGCAACCUUAAUUGUUUGGAUCUGUUAGAUCCUUCCUGACACUCUGGUUACCUACAGAUUUAUCAAAGUGGUUCAGUUUAUCAUAGAUCCACCCUAACAAUAUAAUUACCAGUUCCACCUUCCACAAUAGCAUAAGGCAGUUAGGCAUUUUUUACACGUUUUUUUAAAUCUACACAUUAUAGUUCACAAAAUGGAGGAUCACAGUUUGAUGAAAAAUGCAAGAAAUGGAAAAGGCAACCAUGGGCCCACAAGUUACCGACGUGACUCCGAAAGAGUGAAAGAGUCAGAGGCCAGCAACAUGUCUGUAGUUAUCGGCUCCAGAUGAAUGCCCCAAACCUCUGCUAGAGCCCAUUUCUAGUCAUGUAGGAAGACUUUUGAGAGACUGUGGUGUAUUCCUCACCCCUUCCACUGAAAAUGUGGCUUCCUUUUUCACAACUUGCACUCCUAGUGAAGUUCAUUGAAUGUUUUUAAGCAGAGAUUAUUCGAAUGCUGUUUCUUUGGUCUGCCUAACACCUGCUUUUACCUCAGAUUAGACUCAUAAUGCAGAUUAGACUUAUUUUUAUUUUUAUAGCAGCAGCUCCACUUAACACAAUGAUGCAUGACUAUUGGAAACAAAAGGCUUAGUUCUUCUUUGUCUCUGGGUGUUUCUCUUUUCUAUACCCUGUAAGCAGUCUACUGUAUAUGUACUGUAUAAUAAAGAAAAAAAUGACAAAAGAAUGUAAAGCAGACAUGAUGAGUGUUAACAUGUUUUAAAGUUGUACACUCAGUGAGAAGGAGAGAAUAUGCCAUUACGGCCUUAGGUGAGAGAAGACAAAAAACUGGAUGGUUGUGCAUACCUCCAUGAGAAGGUCUGCCGAUUGAAUUAUUCCUGUCCUGAUGUUACAUUAUAUUCUUAAGGGCAAUGUGAUUCUUUUGGAUGUUUUUCAAGGUGUAACUUUACUUUUUUUUUUUCUUCCUUCCUUGUUUGUAACAGUACAUUGUACUCAACGAAUAAUAAGCCUAGUAAAAAAAAAAAAAUGAUUGCUAUUUGUUCUAUAGUGUUCCUCCCAUUUAGAUUAAUAAAAGUGAAAAAGAAAAACCCA